GUUGAAAAGGCACCGAAACAAAUCAGUUUUUUCCCCACAUAGCAACACCAACAUUUGUGUAUUUCGAGUUUUUAACAGUAAAGUACACGUACAGACCAGUUACACCGAUGAAAUUAACCCCUUAUCGAUAUAUUGUGCUGUAUCGACUGAAGACGAGGAUCCACGGCGUGCGCGUUUUCAGAGUCACCGUUUUUCAUCUUUGAUAUGUACCUCAGAUAAACACUUGUGUUGCUACUUUUUUUUCCUGCCUGUUAGCUCGAAAGCAAAAUUGUGUAAUCGGAGUUCGUGUGUCGCGCGAUGCACACGAACCCACUGAUAUUGAGCUUUUCCUGACGGCCUGAAGCGGAGACAUCGAUAGGCGUCGUCCUACCCAGGGGAAUUACAUGUUGUCGUUUACCAACGCUAUUAGUUACAUAAUGUGGCGUUAAGCUGUCGCGUAACACCCGAAUAUUUAGAUAAAAACAGGCCUAUAACUAAUACAAUAUUUUGGUGGAGAUAGUUGGAUUUUAAAAUGGGAGUCAGCAGGAUUUACAUUAGCAUCGGAUAUGCUACCUUCGGUACCCUGGUGGGACUUUCGGCUUUCUUCGUCUGGAACAUCGCGUACAGACAGCCAUGGACGGCGGCCAUGGGAGGCCUGUCGGGAGUGUUGGCGCUCUGGUCUCUUGUCACACACAUCAUGUACCUGCAGGACUUCUGGCGCACUUGGCUCAAAGGCCUCAAGUUCUUCAUCACUGUCGGUGUGCUUUUCUCAGUCUUGGCAGUGGCCGCCUUCAUCACCUUCCUCACUCUCGCCAUCACACAGAAGCAAUCUCCUACUGACCCGAGGAGUCUUUAUCUCUCCUGUGUGUGGAGCUUCCUGACGCUCAAAUGGUCCUUCCUCUUGGCCUUAUACUCCUACAGAUAUCGCCAGGAGUUUGCAGACAUCAGCAUUCUCAGCGACUUCUAGUCGCUACUGAUUUUAAAGACUGCGAUGGACUUCGAGAGGUUUUAGGCAGCCGGCAGGAGCUGGCCAAAGAGCUUUUGUAACAAAGGAGGAAGAGCAGACAUGACUAGAUUAAGAAGUCACCUGACUUACCAUGAGGAGUUGCACUUGUUGUACUUGCUUAACAAGCUCUGUAUUUGUAUUGUCACCUGAUCUCCUACUUUUAUUGACCCGCAUAUAUUCCUGUAGUUGUCUUAAGUCUGACCUUCUGAACAUUGGAGCUGCUUUUUAAUGAAUUGCUUGAGGCUUUGUAUUGAGAGACAUGCUGUGUUUUUAAGAUUUUAUCUUGGGCUGGUUUAAUCUUAAAACCACUAAUACAUAUAAGGAAAACCCCAUGGCAACAGGCCUUUAAUCUCAUGAUAAAUGAUGAAAGUGAAAAUCCUCAGAACCAAAACUAAAGCUCCUACCUGAAGCCACUCUGCUAAUUGCUAGUUGACUGUUUGAAUGUUUGUAUCCAAAUGAUCUUUUUCAUAGUUAACAGCUUAGAACAACAGCAUACUCCCAUCAUUACAGUCACUGUCUUUAGUGUCAGCAAAGUCAGUCUCUAGCUCCCUUCAAUGUCCCAAUUUGAGAAACAUUUUUCUUUAAAAUAAAAUGUAAUUACAUAUGAAUAGUUAAUAUUAUUUAAUUCGUUUAAAGAGGAUAGUUAAUGUACUUUAUUUAUCCCUUCUUACUCCACAUUUACGUUUCGAUGAACUGAAGAAAAGACUUUCCUGUGGAAUUUGUUCUUUUGACUUUCUUUGUUUCGAUCAAAAGCCCACUCGAACAUCAUGACAUUCUGAAGAGAAAACAAAUUGGUUUGUUAAAUAAUUGCACUUUAGUCUUUGAUAUUGAUGCCAUUGUUUUGCACACAGAUCCUAAUACAAUGGAAAUAAUUAUGUUUUACAAAAUCAUCUCUGUCUCAGCAUUUCAAAUGUUUAAAUACACUAUUUGUAUGUAAUUAUUUUACAGUGUUUUUUGCAAGUCAAGUUAAACUAGGCUUUGUGUGUGGUUUAUUCUCCUGAUGUUGCUCAUGUCUACCGUCUACCAUAAAAACAUGUUACACAUAUUUUUGUUUAUGAGAGAAUGAAUGUGAGGAUGCUACAUGUACAUAUUUACUGAACCCAUUAAAGUUGCAUUUAUUGUUAAUUACA